CAGGCCCACAAAUACACACACGCACGCAGACGCACUCCAGCAUCAGCAUCACCACCACCACUGACAACAAAAUGGAUGUUGCUAGAAUAUCAACAUGGAUUAAAUUUCUUUUGCGGUUUUUGUUAAGACGCUCAGGGUUCAAUUAUCUCAGACUCUUCAUUAUUAUGGCAUCAAAGUGUGCGUGUGACGUCACUGAAGUGUGACGUCAGGAGGACGGCGGAGAGUGUCGGGUGCUCCGCGAGGCGCGAGAUGAUCAGUGCAGCCUCUGCCCUGGAGCCGCGAGCAGGUGCCGCCCGCUCUCCCUCGCCCCUUGGAUCACUACUCGGCCUCGCAUUGAAGUCACGUCCAACACAUGACCGUCGCAAAGUAACACCAUUUUAUAGGAAACUCUGGAUGCAGUUGGGGGUUUCCCUAGUUUUCAUCUUAAUGGAUUCUGAAGCGGCUACGAGAAACUACAUGUUGAGGUGAAGGAGAGCGCAGCGAGGAGGCGAGGGUGCCGCGACUCACGGUUGAGGAGCCCUUCACGUCCCGCCAAGCCGAGCAGCGGCUUUAAGCGCCCAUCGAGAGUCAUCGGCGAGGCAGACAAUCGUGCAAAUUAGCGUAGGUCAUCUGUUGUGUUUAUCAGUGCACCAGUAAGCCAAGCCAGCCACUCGUCCUGCUCGGGUGGUGUGCGCCGUGCCAAUCCAUCUCGCGGCCAAUCGUGGUGAUCAGCCCUGCAAAUUACCCGACCUGAUCAGCUGUGCCCAUCGCUGCUGUCAAAUAACCACGCCACGCCACCCAUCACGCCCCCUCGAUAGUGCAAGCUACAUACAAAGGGACGAAAUUAAGUUUGAAAAAAAAAUAAAUAAAUAAAAAUAAAAAACGACAAUACUUCUCCACUAUUUCCCCAAAAAAAAAAAAAAAGUGAUAAGACAAUACUCUAGAAAAUAUAAUAAAAAGGCUGCGUUGAUGUGCAGUAUUUUGUGAGAUUUGUGGGAAUUGUGUUCUGCGUGUGUGUCCAUCAGCCUGAUAAGCCUCGAUACAAUGCUGGGUAAAAUGAAGUAAAAGAAAAUUCAACUUUGAUGUAACUGAUAAGUGCGGACAGCAGAAGUACAAACAAAAACCGGUGCAGUGCGUUAGUUUAGAUUAUCGUUCUCAGUAAUUUCCUGUUCUGAUUCUAUUCAAGUAUAUGUGAAAAUUAUAUUUAUAGCUGGCAGUAACUUCUUCAUAUUUUUUCCUUUUAUUUAUAGACUCUGCUGAACAACAUGGAUUUUUUGUGAGAGAAACUCAGUGGCACUGGAAACGCGACUUCCUUAUUGUACACUGGAGGUCAGACACCCCCGCAUGUGUUCAAAAUAUAUCAUGAUUUCUGAAAGAGAAAAAGUGCGAAACAGACUUACUUCUAUGGAACCAAACACUAAGAUGGUCCAUCGCACGGAGCUUCCCACCGCGUCCCCAACCACAACUACUGCCACCAUUACCAGUAACAACUCCCACAAUUUACACAGAAGUUCGUCAAAAACCACAGAAAAAUACAGCCUUCGCCCACGGAAGGUCGUGCGGCGACUACAGCAGCUGGACAGGGGGAGUCUAAAAAACAACGACACCCGCGUCGCCAAGUCGAGACCGCCGCCGCUGUCCAAGUACCGCCGCAAAACAGCCAACGCCCGCGAGAGGCACCGCAUGAAGGAAAUAAACGAUGCAUUUGAAACACUAAGACGCAUCCUCCCUGACUUCUGCAGCAGGAGAGCGGCAGCUGCGUCCGCCAUGACUAAAAUCACGACACUGAGACUGGCGGUGAGUUACAUCAGGGCUCUGUCUCACAUCCUGGAGGACGGAAGACGGCCCGGGAACAUCUCCUUCCUCGAGAACAUCCACCUCGACCAUACGCUGCCCGGUGCCCAUAACCCACAGCCUCCCGCAGCCUGUGGAGGAAAUGCCAACGCCCAGCAUCACCUUGCACACAUAUCAGAGGAGGCGCCAAAUUUGUCACCUCUUUCCUCUUGUUUCCCUUCGUUUUCCUCCUCUCCUUCUUCCUCUACGUCACCCUCCUCUUCUUUCUCUUACUCCUCUCCUUCCUCGUCCUCCAUGUCCUCCUCCUUGCAGUCUUUCUCACACCUCCGCUCUUCCUUCGGCAGCAAUAGUGACCUGAGUGAUUUGCUCUCCGACGACUCAUGUUGUGUGUUGGAUGAUAAUCUCGACUUGUUUGACGACAUUCCACCACUACCUGAGGCUGACCCCUUCGCCUUACUCCUGACACCUGACGGGGCGAUGCAAGACCUGGAAUCGUGACCUGGUCUGCGCUGCUCAUUCCCGUCUUUCCUCCUAUAUACACAAACAUACGCACACACAAGUACCCAUCACCGCGCGGCACAUAUAUAAGAGCACUCACCGUACUCACAACAACAUUCCUAAUGGUUUCAACUGUUCCUCCACACAUAAGAAUGCAAUUGUGUGUUUAAAUAAUCGUGCAGGGAAACUUAUUCAGUAUUUCAUAAUGCGUAUAUGGGGAAAAUUUUCAAAAUCCUCUGGAAAUUUAGCACAUGUGAAACGUAAAGUAAAACAAAUACAGUAAAACCUAAUUACUUUUUUCAUUGGAUCGUGUGUGUAUGUGUGUGUGUGUGUGUGUGUGUGUGUGUGUGUGUGUGUGUGUGUGUGUGUGUCUGCCGUUGAUACCCGAGUAAGCAUUCCCAAGGGCGUGUCUGUGAUGGUCUCAAAGAUUAAAAGGAAUAGAGUAUCACUGAGGGGUACCGAUGUGUGUGUGUGUGUGUGUGUGUGUGUGUGUGUGUGUGUGUGUGUGUAUGUGUGUGGCUGGCAAAUAUUUCUCUCCCGAAUGCUAGACAGAUAUACAUGUUUUAAGUUCACUAAGUCACACACACACACACACACACAUACACACACACUCUUCCCAUUUUCUUUACAGUACCAUCUUCCUUCUACCUUUUGUGAUGGACGUGUUAUAUAUAAGCCGUUGAUUUUCACCCGUUAACUUUAUAUACUUCAAUGUACCUCUGGCUAACGCUGCGCAACCUGGGCUGGACCGCCGGGAGGAAAGGAGGUGAGGAAGGCGAGGGUUGCGGAGAGCCACUAAAGAACUCGCGGGGGAAGAAUGUGUGACGAGAAGGGAGGUUGUGUUCCCCUUUUGUGAUAAUAUGGAAAUAAAAGAGAAAGCCAUAUUUCUUUGGUGACAUUUUUCCUUGCCUCAGAUCCCCCUGUGUGUGUGUGUGUGUGUGUGUGUGUGUGUGUGUGUGUGUGUGUGUACUACCUACCACACACACACGGACGCAACCAGACACCGCUAAUUAAUAUGUCUCCUGCCCAAGUAAUAAUACAAACAGGCUGGUCGCGCCUUAAAAGGACCCUUCAUAAACACGGCACCUGCUCACGUCAGCACAGUG